ACUAGAUCAUUCCAUUACUGCGGCUACUCUUCGCCCCACAUUCACGCCACAGCGAGCGCCGUCGCAUCGCUCUGCUGCUUCUAUUAGCUCUUCUGCUUCCAGAGAUACCAUUCGCCAGGGUAGCAUUACCGGCAUGAUGAACGCGGAAAGGAGUCGCACGCGGAGGGAGAGGACCUUUGUUGGGAGUGAAUGUGCCGUCUGUGAGGAGCCGUUGGAGCACACACUUCGCGGCGAGAGGAUUUUACAAUUUUCGUGUUCACAUGUUUCCCACGAAGCAUGCUUCUAUGAAUUCAUACGGGAAUUCGAGUCGCAAUAUUGCCCGUCAUGCAAUGCACCCUUGCAUUUAGACACGAGUCGGGGAGGAAACGUGUUGGACAUCGAGAAGAUAACAAGCAUGGUGCGAUCAGUAUCCGGUGGCGAUAACAGGUCACUUACCACACCAACUACUUCGAGGGAGCCUUGGGAAACCCAAGGCGUCCGGCCGCCCAGUGGUGAGUCGAAUAGCCGAAGCAUGCCUAUCCCCCCUAGUAAUGGCCGCGAGAGCGCAGCCCAGGGCAGCUUCCGAAACAGCCGGGAAACAGCAGGCUCGGACCGUUACGCGGCUGCUCACAGACAUGGCCGUAGCGACAGCGAGGCGACGGGUGUUGCCUCUUCAACCGGCUACCCCGAAACAACGCAGAGUGGCCCGCCCCGCCGUCACGAUUACGAUGUUCAAGCUAUGGAGACGACGCCAAGUAGCCCGAGGGCCAUGGCGCGCAAUCCGAUCCCGUCGCCAUCGGUCGUCGUUCGAUCUGAAUUCCCAACCAUAAAUCGAUCGCGACAGCAGCAGACCUUGACGUGCCUUGUCACGGUAGAAGUUGCCGACAACAAAUGGAGGCCGGAUCCCGAAGACCUUGGAGUAGUGAAUCCAGUACCACAGAUGCGCAUGGAGGAAGCAUUUGCGCAAAGGCCGCCAUCGCCGGCGAGGAGCUCGCAACCACGUUUCUUCCCAUAUGAAGCGCCUGAAGUAUUGGAGGAGAUGACUGAAAACCUGCGAAAUCGGGUUGAUAAUUGGCAUGGACUUGAUUUUAAUAGAUUCGGAAAGCUUCGACUUUACGGCACCUUGCGAGUGGGCAAGGAUAAAGUCUCAUGGCAGGAGCUUGAAUGCUAUCUCUUUGCUGAGAUGCUCAUUUGUGUCAAAGAGAAGAAAAAUCUACCACCUGCUCCACAACAACAAUGGGAUGAAAACGGAAUGCCGCGGAAAGCGACGCGAUGUACCCUAAAGGGCUCCAUCCUUAUCAAGAAGCAUCUUAAUGAGGUCUCAGAAACUGAUGAGAACAUAUUGACACUCAGUCUCUCUGUCGCUGAGCUCCCGCAGUUCCACCUGCGUUUUGAUAACCGAAAUCAGUUGAAGCUGUGGCAGCAAGCUCUUCUUGACCUUAAUGCUGUCGAGACCUCUCCAGUCCGAAGUCCAGAUUACGAGCGCCAUGAGGCGUCUGAAAACGAAGAAGACGAAUGGGGUAGAGGACCUCGGCCUCAGCGAGUUUCGUCGGUGGCGUCUUCGUUUGGACCCAAGUCCGUCACGACUGCCCCUACCGAGUAUACUAGCCUCGCUAAGAGCCCGCUUCUUUCCUCCUUCCACGUGCCUAUCGAUGUUGUCGUAGUCGUACCCAUCUCAUCUUCGAUGCAAGGCGUUAAGAUAAAUCUAGUUAGGGAUGCCCUGAAAUUCAUGGUCCAUACUCUCGGUGAGCGCGACCGCAUGGGCCUAGUCACAUUUGGCUCAGGAGGAGGUGGUGUACCUAUUGUCGGUAUGACUACUAAGGCCUGGCACGGAUGGAACAAUAUCUUGGCAUCGAUCAAACCUGUCGGACAGAAGAGUCACCGCGCAGACGUCGUCGAAGGCGCAAACGUUGCCAUGGAUCUACUGAUGCAACGCAAGUAUAACAACCCGAUCGCGACCAUCAUGCUUAUUAGCGACGCCUCGACAUCUGAUGCUGAUAGCGUUGACUUUGUCGUUUCACGAGCGGAAGCUGCCAAGAUUACAAUUCAUUCGUUCGGCCUCGGAAUGACACACAAGCCAGAUACCAUGAUAGAACUAUCUACGCGGACUAAGGCAUCGUAUACCUACGUUAAGGACUGGAUGAUGCUACGCGAAUGUCUGGCGGGAUGCUUAGGGUCGAUGCAAUCUCUGUCUCACCAGAAUGUAAAGCUCAAGCUCAAGCUCCCGGAAGGGUCACCUGCUAGAUUCCAUAAGAUCAGCGGAGCAUUGCAGAUCACCAAGCGUGCUACAGGCCGUGAUGCGGAAGCUUCUCUCGGCGACCUCAGAUUUGGCGAUAAACGGGACAUUUUAGUUCAACUAGUUAUCGUCCCCGACAACUCUUCACAAGAGCAGCUACCCCAGGAUCCAUGGGAGACGAUUGUAUCCGGUUUGGAAGCUUUGGGUGGUCCGGUAGAACAUGAUGACCAAAGGGCAGUCUCGGUGGAAGAAUUGCCACUCAUCCAAGCUGAUUUAGUCUGGGGGGACAUAUUAAGGGAUGGCACUAUGAUGCAUCUUCCUAGGCCGUCCCUACUUGCCAUCACAAUGUUGCCGGCCCCCGGCAAUUCGAAGAAAGUUUCGUCCUGGCAGAAUAACCCGCCCAUUCCUCCUCAUCCGCAUAUCGUCCAACGGCGGAUGGAACUUCUUACUUCCGACAUGCUUACCCGAGCAUUAACGUUAGUCUCCCGAGGCCAGCACGAUCGCGCACACACCCUCUUGAACGAAACUCGCUCGAUCUUGAAAGGAUUAGGCAAAGGCGGUCUUCCACCUGUUCCCCUACCGCCGUUACCUAAUAGCAAAUCAAACUCCUCGAACUCCCAGUUAGGAUCAGAUGCUUCUCCGAUUUCAGCUACGCCCGACCGGAAGCAUACUCCGUCACCGACUGCUUCGGCUCAUUCGGGUCUCAACGGUUUCCCGCCACCGAUAUCUAGGACUCGAUCGAACGACGGCUUGACCCUAGCCAAUGCGAACGGCAUCGACGUCGGCACGGUCGCCGCACUUGAUGCCGAACUUGAAGCUAGUCUCGAGUGGAUCAGUCAUCCGGCGGUCUUUGGCCGUGACAGUCGUAAGGCGGUCUUGCAGGCUAUUGGCGUAAUAAGUAGCCAGAGAGCGUUUACGUUCCGGACGCCAGUCGAAAGUCUGUGGGCGGGGCGUGUUAGUGGUGUUAAGAAGUUGACAGACAAGAGCCGCGAGUGGAGAGAAGAAGCAGGCGGCGAAGGGAUCAUCGAAGAACCAUGAUGACAAAUUUUCGUUUUCUCAUCUUUUUACAUAUCCACAUCCUGGAAACCUUGACGUCCAAAUAGACCCACGACCUCUACGGGACCAUGUCUUGAACGAAUAUUUUACUUGAUCUGAGGCUUAUUUAUACACACCUUUUUUUCGUUUCUUCACUGUUCGCAUUCCCUUUUGUCGCUACUCGAACCGCUUGUGGGCUUCUGAUUUAUCCCACAGCCUAGUUCCUUACGACCUAAAGAUACCAUUUCGGAUUUUCUCAUUACGUAAACUAAAGCGAGCGAAU